AUGGAUCACCACAAGCACUUUAGCCACCCACACACUCUUUCCUUCUACAAAAGCUUGGAAGGUGCACAACUCACUUGUACCGGUUGCAACUUUCCUUGUACCGGCACCCCGGUCUACUCGUGUCGCGCAUGCAAAUUCUUCCUCCACGACCGAUGCUUCAACGCAUCACGUUCAUUGACCCAUCCGUCACACCCCGAUCACCCACUCUCCCUAUUCCCAUCCCCGACAUACUCAUCGGGCUCUUUCAUUUGUAACGAGUGCAACAAAACCGGUUCGGGCCUUUGUUUUUGUUGUUCCAAUUGUGAAUUUGAUCUCCAUAUCCAUUGUGCUUUUAAUACCUUAAACCCUAACCCCUCGACCCCUCCACCUAAUCAGAUCAAACUCAAAUCACACCCGAACCACCCGUUGAAAUAUCUCCCCAAGCCACCUUCUGCUAGUGGCUUUCGUUCAUGUGACGUGUGUGGUACUGGUUGUGAUCCCAACGGUGCAUUGUACCGUUGUGAUAUUUGUGACUAUGACGCGCAUGUGACAUGCACUACUUUGCCAGAAAGCGUGCGUCGCGAAGACCACCCUCACACGCUUUCAUUACUUUAUGUGUAUCCAUAUGAGUCGUUUGAAUGCGAUGUUUGUAGAGGCGCGAUCGCAAAAAGCAACUGCAUGUACCAUUGUUCGUCCGGUUGUAACUAUGGUAUGCAUGUUAAGUGUGUUCCCGCUAAGGUGUCGGAGCAAGCGCCAAUGAACGAAAUGACGUUUCAGAUGGAAAUGUUCAAACUACAGAGUCAGAUGCGAUUGAAUCAAAUGGCAUUUGACACCAUGCUACAAAGUUCUCAAAAGGCUGCUUGUGGUAUCCGAUACUAAUGGCUGUACGACAUCGAAUUUGUGUGUUGUUUCCUUUUGUGUGUUUACAUUUAAUCGUGUUACAUUGUGAUGUAUUGAUGAUAUGUUUCCUAGGUUAAGUGUUGAUUUGGACUGGAUUGAAGCAUGUUUUUUUUAUCUACUGAACUGAAUAAUAAAUGUUGGUGUUUUGUUUAUCAAA